UCAAUAUAUUUUUUGACAUUGGUUAUAUUGCAGUGGGGCAAUAUGUUUGCCACUCGCACUCGGCGGCUGAGCGUUUUCCAGCAGAACCCCUUGUGGGGGCCAACUCGCAAUCUCAGGCUUUUGGCCGCCAUUCCUUUUACAUUGGGCGUGGUGUUUUUGUUUUGCUAUGUCGGCUGGUUUAACCGCAUCUUUGGCACGGCGCACAUCCCUUUACCAUUCUUCUUUAUUCCUAUUCCAUUUGCACUCUUUAUCUUGUGCAUGGACGAGCUGCGCAAGCUUGUUGUGCGUACCUGUCCAUCCAGCAUAGUGGCACGAAUUGCCUGGUAG